AUGGUCAGAGAAGGAGACUUAACGGUCAGAGAAGGAAACGUAACGGUCAGUGAAGGAGACGUAACAGUCAGUGAAGGAAACGUAACGGUCAGAGAAGGAGAUGUGACAGAAGGAAACGUAACGGUCAGUGAAGGAGACGUAACAGUCAGUGAAGGAAACGUAACGGUCAGAGAAGGAGAUGUGACGGUCAGAGAAGGAGACGUAGCGGUCAGAGAAGGAGACGUAACGGUCAGAGAAGGAGACGUAACAGUCAGAGAAGGAGACGUAACAGUCAGUGAAGGAGACGUAACGGUCAGAGAAGGAGACAGAAGGAGACGUAACGGUCAGAGAAGGAGACGUGACGUAACGGUCAGUGAAGGAAACGUAACGGUCAGAGAAGGAGACUUAACGGGCAGAGAAGGAAACGUAACGGUCAGUGAAGGAGACGUAACAGUCAGAGAAGGAGACGUAACGGUCAGAGAAGGAGACGUAACAGUCAGUGAAGGAGACGUAACAGUCAGUGAAGGAGACGUAACGGUCAGAGAAGGAGACGUAACAGUCAGUGAAGGAGACGUAACAGUCAGAGAAGGAGACGUAACGGUCAGAGAAGGAGACUUAACGGGCAGAGAAGGAGACGUGAAGGUCAGAGAAGGAGACGUAACGGUCAGUGAAGGAGACGUAACGGUCAGAGAAGGAGACGUAACGGUCAGAGAAGGAGACGUAACGGUCAGAGAAGGAGACUUAACGGGCAGAGAAGGAAACGUAACGGUCAGUGAAGGAGACGUAACAGUCAGAGAAGGAGACGUAACGGUCAGUGAAGGAGACGUAACGGUCAGAGAAGGAGACGUAACGAGAAGGAGACGUGACGUAACGGUCAGUGAAGGAGACGUAACGGUCAGUGAAGGAAAUGUAGCGGUCAGAGAAGGAGAUGUAACGGUCAAAGAAGGAGACGUACCGGUCAGAGAAGGAGACGUACCGGUCAGUGAAGGAGACGUAACGGUCAGUGAAGGAAAUGUAGCGGUCAGUGAAGGAAACGUAACGGUCAGAGAAGGAGACAUAACAGAAGGAGACGUAACGGUCAGUAAAGGAGACGUAACGGUCAGUAAAGGAGACGUAACGGUCAGAGAAGGAGACGUAACAGUCAGUAAAGGAGACGUAACGGUCAGAGAAGGAGACGUACCGGUCAGAGAAGGAGACGUACCGGUCAGUAAAGGAGACGUAGCGGUCAGAGAAGGAGACGUAACAGUCAGUGAAGGAGACGUACCGGUCAGAGAAGGAGACGUAACGGUCAGUGAAGGAGACGUAACGGUCAGAGAAGGAGAUGUAACGGUCAGUGAAGGAGACGUAACGGUCAGAGAAGGAGACGUAACGGUCAGAGAAGGAAACGCAACGGUCAGUGAAGGAGACGUGACGGUCAGAGAAGGAGAUGUGACAGAAGGAGACGUACUGGUCAGUAAAGGAGACGUAACGGUCAGUAAAGGAGACGUAACGGUCAGAGAAGGAGACGUAACGGUCAGAGAAGGAGACGUACCGGUCAGAGAAGGAGACGUACUGGUCAGUAAAGGAGACGUAACGGUCAGUAAAGGAGACGUAACGGUCAGAGAAGGAGACGUAACGGUCAGAGAAGGAGACGUACCGGUCAGAGAAGGAGACGUACCGAGAAGGAGACGUAACAUAACGGUCAGUGAAGGAGACGUAACGGUCAGAGAAGGAGACGUACCGGUCAGAGAAGGAGAUGUACCGGUCAGUAAAGGAGACGUAGCGGUCAGAGAAGGAGACGUAACAGUCAGUGAAGGAGACGUACCGGUCAGAGAAGGAGACGUAACGGUCAGUGAAGGAGACGUAACGGUCAGAGAAGGAGAUGUAGCGGUCAGAGAAGGAGACGUAACAGUCAGUGAAGGAGACGUACCGGUCAGAGAAGGAGACGUAACGGUCAGUGAAGGAGACGUAACAGUCAGUGAAGGAGAUGUAACGGUCAGAGAAGGAAACGUGAAGGUCAGAGAAGGAGACGUAACGGUCAGAGAAGGAGACGUAACGGUCAGUGAAGGAGACGUAACAGUCAGAGAAGGAAACGUAACGGUCAGUGAAGGAGACGUGACGGUCAGAGAAGGAGACGUGACAGAAGGAGACGUACCGGUCAGUAAAGGAGACGUAACGGUCAGUAAAGGAGACGUAACGGUCAGAGAAGGAGACGUAACGGUCAGAGAAGGAGACGUAACGGUCAGUGAAGGAGACGUAACGGUCAGAGAAGGAGACGUAACGGUCAGAAAAGGAGACGUAACGGUCAGUGAAGGAGACGUAACGGUCAGAGAAGGAGACGUAACGGUCAGAGAAGGAGACGUAACGGUCAGAGAAGGAGACGUAACGGUCAGAGAAGGAGACGUAACGGUCAGAAAAGGAGAUGUAACGGUCAGAGAAGGAGACGUAACGUAA